AUGCUUAACUCAUCAUUAAAAUACAGAUCAACAACGCCAACUCAGUCCUCAAGGACCUCAGACGCCAUUCCAAGACAGCGCAGAGCAAUUUUAACGCGCUGGAUAAAUUCUUUAUCAAUUUGGCCUCGAAUGCAAGAAAAAGAUCUCCCUGACCAGAUGAAGACUGGAACUUUUCUUGCCAAACUCCUUCCACUACUAGACUCAAAAAUACGUUUUCUGGGGUUUUACAAAAACCCAGUCGCGAAAAAAGCUUGCUUGCAUAAUUUAGAACAAAUUUUAAGUAUCGUUUGGAAAAGAUCCGUAAGAGCUCAUCGUAUGCCAACAGCAGAAGAGCUGUUAGUUCCUAAAACAGAAAAAUCUUGGCAACUAAUCAACGUAAUUUUCGAAAGUUUUAUUUUAAAUGAGCUUAGAGUGAAUGCAAAAAGUUGCUGAACUUGGUUCGAAACUGUGCUUGGGAUGUAUGGGAGAAACUUUGACAUAAAAAAUCCAGGGGCUGAAUUUCAAAAAGGAACUAACAUUGCUUAUGUUUUAAAUUGUUUCCACAAAAAGGUCGAUUUAAGACAAAUUUAUUAUGAGCCAACGACUAGGGAUAAAAUACUGCAAAAUCUAUGUGCGGUAUUUUCAGUCAUGGAAUCGCUUCAGCUGAAAAUGUUUGUAACCCCAGAAGAGUUUGCAGCAAAUGCUGAUGAAGAAUUUAAGUUUAAGUUUAAACGAAUUUCUCUUGCAAUAUUGUGCCUUCUAAGUCUUCUUUUCUAUAGAUUCAGCUACUAUAACAGCUCUGAGAAAUGGUAGGUGAACCGGCCGAAGAAGCGUCAAACCGUUAAAAUUAUCACGCCCUUUCAGACUUCUCUAGUCUGUGCUAGCCUCAGCACAGACCAUUUCUCUUCAAUCCGAAUCUCUCAAGAAGCUUGAUUUCUCUCACUGAGUUCGGUUUAUGGGUACGGCCUGCUUGAUCAGGACCAAGGACCCAUCCCUAACUGCCAUUUUAAAUAUUGUAUGAAGGAUUUAAUUUAUUGCAAAUGUUUCAGAUUUAUAAAGCUUUUAAAGAUCAAGUUCCAAAUCCUGUAAACAACAAUAUGAUUGUGUUUAAAGAUGGAGUUAGACCAAUAAGUUUGAAUGAAAGUGCAAGCACCUGCUCUGUUUUUUCAAUUGCAUCAGAAAGCUUGGAUUACUCCACCAGCACUAUUGCUUUGUCCCAGCUUCCAUCUGAAGUCGAUUUGAUGCCAAAAGGCUUUUUCUCUCAAUUCACACCUAAAUUUAGCUCAAAAGAGUCAACCAGUGAUAGAUGAAGUUUUUCUAGUAAAAUUGAAGACUCCACCAAAAACACUUUUUCCAGUGAUUCUUCAAGGAGAGACCCUUCGAUGGAAUUUAAAAAUUCCAUCAGUUUUGAAGUGGUUUCUCCUGCGAACACGAGCUAUACAGAUUCAACUACAGAAAAAUUAAAAAGACUUGAAGAAUUAAAUGCAACUCAAGAGAGGAAAUUAAUGUAUAUUGCUGAUUCAAGGACAAAAACAGAACAAAAAAUAAAAACAAGACAAAUGCCAAGUUUGACUAGAAUUAAAGUUAAAGAGGAUCAAAAGAAGAAUGAUGAUUACUUGCUUCAGCUACUAAAGCCAAGAUUUUUGAAAUUAAUUAAGGAUAGAACAGAAAAAACCUAUUGUUUUUGCUUGGUGCCAAAUAAUGAAAAAUUCUCUUAUGAAAGUGAAGAUUAUACAUUGGAGUGGAGAGACUUAUUAGAAAUGAAUUUGCAAGGCAAGCUGAAUAUCGAAGAUAUUUUAAGUAUUGAAUGUGUUGGAAGGUAUAUAAUUAUUAAAAGCAAUGAAGAUAAUAUGCAAUUGCAAUUUCCAAAUGAAUUUGAAGCAUCUCAGUAUGCUCAGAAUUUGAACAGAGUGCUGCUUCGCUAA